AUGUGCGCCACCUUGAUGGGUGGGCUACCACACACCCCCGAGCAAAAAAGGUGCCGACCUCCAUCUUAUGCGUUGCCUGUAGGGCUUCGUGCCGUGCACAUAGCUGGGUUCUUGGUUAAAACAUGUCAGGAUUAUAUUGGAGAUGAAAACAGAUCUGCGGAAGCGUCACACAUCGACGCACGCUUAUUGUACCAUUCAGACAAGACAAUUCACAGAGAUUCAGACAACCAUUUCCCCUACAUAAGUAGAAGCACUACCAACGCUGAAAGCAGUGUAGGUGUGCUCAAUUCACUGCAUAAAUAUUUUCGCACUUGUCCAUUUCCCACUGCCGUUCGAAAUGAGGUCUUAAAUCCAAGAUCCAGAGUCAUGGAAGAAGUUUGGAAUGAUAUUAAUCUUGCUUCUCUUAACGACCACCCCACAGAUUUCCGUGGAAUGAACCUUCAGGAUUUCUUGGCCAGAACCUGUCCUAACAAAGAUUCAGUGCACAUUUCUAGCGUCUCUUCCGGUUUUGCCUCUCCGACCACUAUGCUCACCUUGAACUCAAGACCUGAAUGGUUGCAUUUCUCGGGAAACUCGGAUCCUCUUAACCUAAGCUCUAGUUCACUGCCUCAGAGUCUGUCUAUUUCUCCUGCGUGUCGUGUCAACGUUGCUUCAGAGGGUCAUUGGAAGAAGAGAUUCACAGAGCCUGGCAGCAAUCUCGCCGGUGACCGACGGUACAAGCGUAUGAUCAAGAACCGGGAGUCAGCUUCUCGAUCAAGGACUAGAAAGCAGGAAAGUCUCUUUUUAUCACUUCUUUUAUCUGCCGUAUGGUUAACCUUUUCUGGUGAUUACUAUGAUCAGCAUGUAACCCUUUGUUAGCCUUAGCUGUGACUUGUGAGGUCAUUUUCUAGAAUAGAUUUUGUAGGCUGCUUGAAAUUUUCUGUACCUAAUUUUUACCUGGACUCGAAUGCCUUUUCUGUGGGUAUUCUGUGGUCCAUUUACAUCUCUCGUUUCUUAUUCAUUCCACCUUAUUAUAG